CAGUUUUAGCUGCUCUGAUCAAAUCUUCUUGGUUCUUGACUGCUCAGAGUGUUUUUUACAUUUAUUUUAAAGAACUGCUGCAACUUUCAACACGCAAAGAGACAUGAGGGCAUCUUCAUUGUCGUUCGUUUUCCUGGCUCUCCUCCUGUCGAUGUCCCCCGUUUUGUCAUGUCGUAUUGGAAACAGCAGCGAGUGUGAUUCCGCCAGUUUUGUACCAGGCCACAAUCUGGUGGGAGAAGGCUUCGACGUGGUACAGCUGCAACGAAAAGAAGCUCAUGUGAUCGAUGUGAACAAAGUGGGCAAAAAACUUGCUACCAACUGCUGCCCCAUGCGGGCCAGGAGAGGAACCUUGCAGGUGACCAUCAUCCGAGGAUGGAACUUGAAAGGGGAUUUAAUCGGAAGGACCGAAAGCUAUGCCAAGAUGUGGUUUGGUUCCCACUAUCGCAGGACUCGCACGAUCCGCUCAAAUGAUCCACGUUGGAACGCUUACUACAAUUUGGGCAAGGUGGACACAAAUCCUGGUUUAAAGGUUGAGGUCUGGGAUAAAGACGUGAAACAUGAUGACCUCCUGGGAUCAUGUGUGAGGUCUGUGUUUAGGGGCACACGCAGAUUCACCUGCCCAGCUAAAAAGGGUGGCUUUGAGGUCCAGUACACUCUGACCUGUGACCCUCAUCUGACUGGAGACAAGUGUGAACGUUACAAACCAUCUCCAAAGUAACACGUUUCCCCAGCUUUCUCUGAUUUGAUCAAAUGUCAUAACUGCUUAUGUUUUUGUCCUACAUGAUAGAUUUUUGUUAAAAAGAAAUCUGACUGUCCUUUUGAUCAAAAACCUGACUGCAAUAUUUAAAAAUGGCACUGAAAAAGUCAAUGUUAUAUAAAAGUAAUUAGAAUAAUUUUCAAUCAUUUCUAUGUUGCCACCGUAACCCCACUUCCUGAUCACAUGUAAACAAAAUGUAUUAUUUGACUCAUCUUACGUUCAACUAUAAAUGUCAAAGAUGAAUAACAUAGAUCAACUUCUAAAGAAACUGUUAUUUCUGUAGUUUUAUUGACUAAACUUGUAUUGAACAUUAAAAGAUGUUACAAAAGAAUACAAAA